GACGGUUGCUAUGGCCGGCCUCUGGGCCUUGGUGCUCCUUGUCCCGCUGGCGGUGCUGUCAGCCGCCGGAUGGGGUUGUCUCCCCGCGCUGUGCGGGGCUGUGCUGUCGGCGGGGGCCUGUGUGCUGCUGGCCCGGUGCCGAGCGGGUGGCGGUCCCUGCCGCAGGGUGUGUGUGCUGGUGCUCGGGGACCUGGGCCGCAGUCCGCGGAUGUUGAACCACGCGAUGUCCCUGAGCCGGAACGGCUUCGCGGUGACUCUGCUCGGAUACCCCGGUGCAAAACCUCAUCGAGAUGUUUUAAGUAAUGACAAGAUUAACAUAGUCUACAUAACAGAAGUCAUGACAGCAAUGAAAUUUGGAUCUAAGAUUUUCCAGUAUGGGCUCAAAGUCUUUGUGCAGACUUUACAGAUAUGUUACAUUCUAUUAAAGAUUGAUGCUCCUUCAUAUAUGCUCCUACAGAAUCCACCUGGCCUCCCUGCUAUUGCUGCCGUAUGGGCAGUGUGUUUGCUAAGAGGAAGUAAAUUUAUUAUUGACUGGCAUAAUUAUGGUUACACCGUAAUGAGCUUGACACAUGGAGAUCAUCAUCCCAUUGUGGUGAUUGCCAAAUGGUAUGAACGUUUUUUUGGAAAGCUCUCUGAUUCAAAUCUAUGUGUCACUGAAGCCAUGAAAGAAGAUUUGAGAGUGAACUGGAAUAUCAAGGCGACCACAUUAUAUGACUGUCCAUCUCCCAUUUUUAGAGAAACCCCUCUAGAAUUACAACAUAAACUGUUUAAGAAACUUGCUAAAGAUUUUGAUGCAUUUAAAGCAAGGAGUGAAUCUGUGCCUUCUAAUUUGGAGCAGACAGCCUUUACAGAACUACAUGCUGGGACUGGCACUGUCACCCAUAUCCAAGGCAGACCUGCAAUACUGCUUAGCAGUACUAGCUGGACAGAGGAUGAAGAUUUUUCCAUUCUGCUGAAAGCCUUGGAAGAAUAUGAAGGUUUCAUAAACAGUGGUAUAACAUUACCACCCCUUGUUUGUGCCAUUACAGGGAAGGGUCCACUCCAGGAAUUUUAUAAUAAUCUCAUUGAAAAAUUACAUUUUAAACAUGUUCACAUAUGCACGUUGUGGCUUGAAGCUGAAGACUACCCAGUGUUGCUAGGCUCUGGUGAUCUAGGAGUUUGUCUUCAUAAAUCAACCAGUGGACUGGAUUUGCCUAUGAAAGUGGUAGACAUGUUUGGUUGUCGUUUACCCGUAUGUGCAAUCGAUUUCCCAUGUUUACAUGAACUUGUGAAACAUGAAGAAAAUGGUUUAAUAUUUAAAAACUCUCAUGAGCUGGCUGUGCAACUGAAGUUUCUCUUUACAGACUUCCAGAAUGAAAAGAACAAAUUAGGUGUAUUCAAAAGGAACCUGAAGAAAUCAAAGAUGGUUCAGUGGGAUGAGAAUUGGGAUGAAACAGUACUUCCUCUGCUAGCAGCGAGUAACUGAAAUCUGUGACUGUUGUUUUGGGCAUGAGUAAGCAGUGCUGACCAUCAAGUCUGUCUGUUAUUGUCUAUACCCAGCAGGAUCAUGAUCAGAAACCUCUGUUCAGAACAAAUCCAGAGCAGCAGUGCUGGACAUUGUCUCAGUGGACCAAUAAUGACUAGAUAAUUUCAGGAUUAUAAAUUUUUGAUUUAUAAGAAUGGGAGUGUUUUUUAAGCAAGUUUUAAAAAUUGGUCAGUUUUUUGAUAACUUUGACAACUAAAUCACCAAAUUAGGUGAUUUAAAUGUUCAUAGUUACUUACAGCAUAGAUGUCUCAUCAAGUUAGUGCCAGUUCUACUCCCCUGCUCAAUCCCUGCAAGAUUAUUUCCUAUUGAAAUCAUUGUUUCCUCUUUCUCCCCCACCUUUGUGUGCAGUGUAGAUCAUUACCAUUCCGUAAAUAAAAAAAUAGUUCUUCACAUUUCUCCUAAAUCUUUUGUCCAAGACAGUAAAUAUGUCCCUCGUUCUUAUUGAAGCAGCUAAUGGGCAUAAUUUUUCCUGUUUAUUAAUUCCAAAUCUUUCAUAAUUUUGUAACUUCUAUCAGAUCUCCCAGGCUUUGAAAACAACCCCAGCUUUUCCAACCCAACCUUGUAACUAAACCCGGCAUUUGUGUGCCCAUUUUGCUAGCCCAUCUAUGCCAUAUUGCAGGCACUUGGUCUCAUCCAUAAUGUAUGCUAUACCUCCAGGUUUGGCAAAACCAGCAUAUUUUGUAUUUCUACUCUAUACCAAGAUUCAAGCCAUCUUUAUCUACACAGUAUAGCAAUGAUUCCAGCAGUGACCUUCCAGAUACACUAUUGUCUACCACCCAGAAAGAAUCAUUGAUCGUGACUUGUCGUAUUAGGUCAGUAUUGUUUUUAAUCCAAUUGUUCACUGCCCCUUGUAUUCUGAGCUUCAAACUUUUUAUGGAAUACUUAACCCUUAUAAAAAAAUCUAUGACUCUAUUCUGUCUUUUACUAAUCUGUGAUGACUUUAAUUAACUCAAACCUCUCCAAGUGCAUGCUAAAGAGUUUGCUUCAAAUUAUUGUUUCUAACUCACUGCUGACGUUAAACUAUUCAGGAUUGUUGCUGACACUGUCCUUGAACCCUUUCAUGGAUAACUGUAACAUUUACCAUUCUCCAAUCUUCUGGCAUUUCCCUCAUUUCCAGGCAUGAUUGGAAAAUUAUUACAAGACGUUCUGCCUUCUCCACUCAUUGCUGCAAACAUAUAGAGGACAAAGCUAACCCCUGUUCUAGUAUUGCUUCCUUUCUAGUUGGAUAUUGAACUGAUCAAACAUUCCUUCUUCUCCUUACCGUUUACUCAUUAUCCCAAUUUUGAAAAUUCAGUCCCUCAAUAUCAUUUGUGUAGCUUUUGCAUUCCCACCAAACUUCUGCAAAUUUAACCUUUUUUUAAGAUUAGAUUCCUGACAGUAUGGAAACAGGCCCUUUGGCCCAACAAGUCCAUACUGACCCUCCGAAAAGUAACCCACUCAGACCCAUUUCCCUCUGACUAAUGCACUAAAACUUUGGAUAAUUUAGCAUGGCCAAUUCACCUGACCUGCAUAUCUUUGGACUAGAUUAGAUUAGAUUACUUAGUGUGGAAACAGGCCCUUCGGCCCAACAAGUCCACACUGACCCGCCGAAGCGCAACCCACCCAUACCCUACAUUUACCCCUUACCUAACACUACGGGCAAUUUAGCAUGGCCAAUUCACCUGACCGGCACAUCUUUGGACUGUGGGAGGAAACCGGAGCACCCGGAGGAAACCCACGCAGACACGGGGAGAAUGUGCAAACUCCACACAGUCAGUCGCCUGAGUCGGGAAUUGAACCCGGGUCUCAGGCGCUGUGAGACAGCAGUGCUAACCACUGUGCCACCGUGACGCCCACCGUGACUGUGGGAGGAGACCGGAGCACCCGGACAAAACUCACGCAGACACGGGGAGAAUGUGCAAAUUCCACAGACAGUUGCUCAAGGCCAGAAUUGAACAUGGGACCCUGGUGCUGUAAGGCAGCAGUUCUAACAACUGAGCCACCGUGCUGCCCCCACUCCCCUCAAUGUUUAGCCACUUAGAGUACCCCUAAGAAUUAGAUCUGUUUGUUUCUCCAUUCAAACUAAAUGGAUUCUGUCCUUGCCCCAUCAAGGACAGUUUCCCUUCCAAUCCCAGUUUUCACCAUUUUAAGCCAGCUUCUGUUUCCAGAGAACCUGUACCACAACCUCGGUGUAACUUUUGCUCCCUACAAAUGAUUCAUGAUUGAUUAUUCUCCAUUGUCAAUUACAUGUCAAUAGGUCAAUGGGACUCAAGAUGUGGGUUAUAGAAAUGCAUUGCUGUCCUAAUCAUUGAAAUCUUCCACAGGUCUCCAGUACCAAUAGUUUCUAAUCAUUGUUACUCCUUCCUGUAGAAUCCCUUCUCAUUGAUGUCAGGUUCUGCACUCCUUGUCAUGUCACUCUCAAAGCCUAUAGUAGAUUUUUUUUGCAAGUAUUCACUCUGUCACAUAAAUUCCAAUUUUAAAUUAGAAAAAUUAAAAUUUUCAGAGAGAAAAGAGACCUUUCAAAUAAUGUGACAUUUAAUUUUCUUUCAAACAUGAUCAGUUGGCUCAAACCAGAUUCCAUUCCCACCAAGCUCUUUUAUAUUUUCCAAAACAUGUAAGCUUGAAAUGUUUGUUCCCAGUUUGAUUAUAUCAAUACUCAUGUUCUGCAAGACUUAAAGUUAGAAUUUUACUAAUAACUGAUGGAAUAUCAGUGACUAUUUUGGUAAAAACUGGACUUCUGCCUGCUCUACACCGUAUUGAUAAAUAAGUGACAAAUUUAACAAUAGUACAUUAGGAAAUGGAUUUUAAAGGUUGAGAACACAUAGCAACCUUAUCCCUGCUGCUGGAAACGAGAAGUUGUUUGCAGCAGCUGCAAAACAAGCUAAAUCAUUAGUGAUUCCUGAUUGUGGCUGCCUAAUACCGAAUAGUUACAAAAGGUCUUAGCAAUGUCCCAAGAACAAAAUACCUACUAUUGACUAUUUUUCAUAUUGUUGUGGUGAAUCUUGAAAAAUACAGACAUUUGAGUGUUUAGGUUAUGAACAUAACUUAUUUAAUUCUUAUAGCUGUCAAUUAUUUUCAUGUCAGAUCAGCAAACAUUUCAGUUCCAUGAUGUAUUUUCAGAAGCUCUAUUUUUGUGCAUCUAUCGUAAGGAAACACUGCUCUGGUGGGACCUGGAAUCACCUGGUGUCCAAUUCCAACUUUAUCUGUAUUGGAAAGAGGGGAAAAAACAGUGAAUGUACCCUUUUACUGAGGCAAAAAUAAAGCUUUAUUUUCUUUAUAA